GUAAUCCUCUAUCAAUCAUUAAAUUCGGAAUAGGAAUUUCGCUUUGCCGUACUCUCGCCGGAAAUCGAGAAGAAUAGCGUUCUACGUACUACCUCAGGCGGUUCUCAAAUCAUGACGACAUCAAGGCGUCUUGCAGACAGGAAGGUGGAGAAGUUCGAUAAGAACAUCGUUAGGCGUGGAUCGGUCCCUGAAACCUCUGCCAAAAAGGGCAAGAGCUACCCUGUUGGCCCUGUUAUGCUUGGGUUUUUCGUGUUUGUUGUCAUCGGAUCAUCUCUGUUUCAGAUAAUCAGGACAGCUACAAGUGGGGGCAUGGCUUGACUGCUGCAGCUGUUUUAACAUCGUCUUAUUCAAUGGGCCUAGCACUAUAGAACCUGAUGGUACCAUUUACCAAAUCAGCAGCAGCAUUGUGGCCAAAUGAGUGUAAUAUCUCUUGUUUUUGGAUUUCUACAAAUAAUGGCUAAAA